AUGCUCACAGGGAAGGAUGUCAUCGGCCAAGUUUUGCCAGAUGCAACGACAACAGCCUUUGAGUAUGAGGAUGAGGAUGGUGACCGGAUCACAGUCAGAAGCGAUGAGGAGAUGAAGGCCAUGCUGUCCUAUUAUUACUCCACUGUAAUGGAGCAGCAAGUAAAUGGACAGUUGAUAGAGCCUCUCCAGAUCUAUCCAAGAGCCUGCAAACCUCCUGGGAAACGGAACAUACAUGGCCUGAAGGUAAAUACUCGAGCAGGGGCUGCCAACAACAGCGGCUCGGCCGUGGCCGAUUCCCUCCCCAGCAAUAGCUUGAAAAAGUCUUCUGCAGAGCUGAAGAAAAUACUUGCCAAUGGCCAGAUGAAUGAACAAGACAUACGGUAUCGAGACAUCCUCGGUCACGGCAAUGGAGGCACAGUCUACAAGGCAUACCAUGUCCGUAGUGGAAAAAUACUGGCAGUAAAGGUAAGAGAUUCCACAAAUUUUCAAAGAGAACUUCUCUCUCUUUUUUCUUUCUUUUCCCAGUGUGACUCAUCGUAUAUCAUAGGAUUUUAUGGUGCUUUUUUUGUAGAAAACAGGAUUUCAUUGUGUACAGAGUUCAUGGAUGGGGGUUCUUUGGAUGUUUAUAGAAAAAUUCCAGAGCAUGUCCUGGGGAGAAUAGCAGUGGCUGUUGUGAAAGGCCUGACCUAUUUAUGGAGUCUAAAGAUUCUGCACAGGGAUGUGAAGCCCUCCAAUAUGUUGGUGAACACCCGGGGCCAGGUGAAGCUCUGUGACUUCGGGGUCAGCACGCAGCUGGUGAAUUCUAUAGCCAAGACGUAUGUUGGAACAAAUGCUUACAUGGCGCCUGAGCGGAUUUCGGGGGAACAGUAUGGAAUCCACUCGGAUGUUUGGAGCCUGGGCAUUUCCUUCAUGGAGCUUGCUCUUGGGAGGUUUCCAUAUCCUCAGAUUCAGAAAAACCAGGGAUCUUUAAUGCCUCUCCAGUUAUUGCAGUGCAUUGUUGAUGAGGAAUCGCCGGUCCUUCCAGCCGGGGAGUUCUCGGAGCCAUUUGUACACUUCAUCACUCAAUGCAUGAAGAAGCAGCCAAAGGAAAGACCAGCACCUGAAGAUUUAAUGGGCCACCCCUUCAUCGUGCAGUACAACGAUGGCAACGCCGAGGUCGUGUCCAUGUGGGUGUGCAGGAUGCUGGAGGAACGACGGGCCACCCAGGGCCCACAGUGAGCUGGGAGCAUCCCAGGAAACCAGAGCUCCUCCUGGACCAGGAGCACCAUCCCCACGCUUCGGACUCGCCCUUUCUCUGGAUCGUAGUUCCCUAAAAAUAUUUUCCAGGGGGUUUGUUGCUGCCUUUCCCUCACCGCCACACUAAAGGAAUUUUCUUCCCACCUUUCUUUUGCUGCCGAGCAAUUUUACAGAUUAUCUUCAGUUAUACUGUCCACAGCCUUGAAGCAAGUAUUUUAUAUCUCUAUUUUUUGGUUAUUGAAUGUACUGGAUCUUUCCUGACUCCAGAGUAUUUUUUAACUGUUGCUCUUGUACAGAUGACAUGCCGAGUGUUUAGAGGAAUCCUGAGGAGUUGGUGGCUGUCUGAGAGCAGAAAGCCACAAAAGACUGGGUUGAAAUGUAAAACAAAAGCAAACAAAGAGAAAAAGAGAAGUGUCUGGGCUUGCCCAGGUGAGGGUUGCCCUUCCAGAGGGCAUUCAGGUGGAUCAGCACUAAUAAAUGACUGGGAAUGCCUCUCCCUGCUCCUGGCACCGGCUGCUGCAGGUCGGGUUUUGUGGGAGAGCCAAGCAGGGAAGAGAACACAAAACUGAGGAGCAUCCAUGGUCAGGCUCUGCAGGCUGGUCCCUCAGUCAGAAAGGUUUUGCUGAGGUGGAAAAGGUGAGGGGAAAGGACAGUGCUCAGCUCUGGAGCCAGGCUGGGAGAGCUGGGGGG